AUGUCUGUCUCAAAAAAAGAAGGGGAAGUUAGCUUUUCACAGAUCCUUGCAGGAGUAGAAGAAGCGGCAAGUAAGAGUACCACAAAAGAAGAUGUGGUUUCUUUCUGCACAGUAUUGGAUAUCUAUAUAGAGCAAUUGUCAAAAUACACGGAUGAUGAAAAAAUCCAGUUUGUGGACACAAUCAAGAAAUUAUUUGAGUCAAAUCAUGAUCUCCUGUACAAAGCUUCAUGGGAUCUACCACAGUUAUUCAUCAAUAUUCUCGAAUCCAAUUGGAUACCUCGGAGUGGUGGACUUCGGAAUAAUGUAGCUGUUGUCAAAUAUAUGGGACUUUUUGGGAUGUUGGCAUCCUAUGGUGAACCCAAAAGUCUUUUGCUAGCGUGCUGCGAACAAAUCUCCAAACUAAGGAUUAAAUCACGAAGUGAAUGCAAGGAUCUUAGCCAUGACAGCCCAUUAGAUUUGGAUGAAUCACACCCAACGACUUUUGCCUUCUACUGUAACUUUGUUAUUGAGUUUCACACCUUGCUAGAGGCAAUAAAUGUUUGUCUUCGGAGAAGUGUUAGUUUAUGGCCAUCCAAGUAUUUAGCCACGGUCGUGACAUGUCUCGUCAAUUUUAUCAAAACAUCGCCAAGUGAUCCGGCAUCUAUUAUAACUGUUGUGCGGCGUAUGUACACUUUCAUACGUGAUUAUAUUCCACCGGAAUUACCUCAAAAUGCCGAUCUCCCUGCAAAUGUGCAAGUUUCUGAGUUGCCCAAGAUUGUCUCGGAUGAGAACUAUUUGCAACGUAAGCUCCUUGUUUGGAUGCUUUCUGUUCUUGUUGAAGGGCAUACAAGACAACUUUGUACUCCCUUCGUUGCACUUUUGGUGUCUGGCUAUCCACAGAAGUAUGUAGAAGCAAAGUGGCCAAAAUUGGAAUUCAUGGGCAGGUUUGUCACCCUUGGAAUGUCCAUGGACUUGGAAUACGAUACUUUGCUUCAAAAUGAAAUAGACAGAGCAGAAAAGCUGUUCCCUCGUGAGAAGAUCGCCGAAUUUAAGACAAGUGAUGACAUAUUGAAGGUUGUGAUCGACGGUUUCAAUGAGGAUUUGCACCAUGAGGCCGAGGAGAUAUCUUUCUCUGCCAUUUCCACCAUAAUUCUAUACACAUGCAGUACUUUGGUUAGUAAGGAGAAAUUCUCGACCGAACCUUUAAGGCUAAUACCAUUGGUGAAACUUCAGCUUCGGCUUUUUGUCCCGUUCAGCAUCAAGCCACAGUUGAUUCAUUAUACUGCUGUUACAUGUGGUAUGGUUUUAAUGCUGGAGGCCAUUGGCUCACAUCAUGAUGAAAGUCUUGCAGGUCUUGCAGAUCCCGGAAAUCGCCUAUUGCUGUCAACAUAUCUACAAAAUCUUUCAGCGGUAUGCCUCAACUCAGAGAAUAAGGUUCUCAUAUCGUUUUUCUACAGAUUUUUGGCUAAGAUUCUAAGAGACUCAUCUGAAGAGAUGGCAUACUCUUUUUUGUUGGAUACUAUUCAGAGUUGUCCUUUCGAGAAAUUACAGGUUGGUUGUAUUACCAUUCUUAAGGAAUUGAUGUCCAAGGAUAAGGACCCUCGUAAAUACAGCUCAACACUUCUAAACUACUCUGCCAGUGAGAAUGCACGGACAAAUAAGGUUGCAGGCAGUGCGCCCGACAUUUCGGAUGGUGUGAAAGAUCUUCAUCUUACACCCCCACCACUUCCACCAAGAAAUACGGCCAAGGGUGAUAAAUAUAUCAACUACACUUUAGAACGCGAGAAAAGCAUACUUGAUGUAUUCGACCGCUCAUUGACCGAUUUCUCGAAAAGGCCAAUACACGUUGGAGGAAAAAUCCUGGCGUUUGUCAAUCUUUUAAGCUCGCAAAGUGGCAAGUUCACGAGGGAUGAGGUGGUGAAGAGAUUUAGAGAGGUGGCUGAAUUGGCCACCAAGUUGCAAGAGUGUAAAGAGCAAAUUAUAAAUGGAGAUGGUCAGAAAGUGGAAGAAGCAGGAGAAAAAGAAGAGAAUGAGAAGUUACUUGAUGAUCUUGUCAAGCUUGGAAAUAUCCUCAUCUCGUCAACUUCCAGAGGCCUUCAGUUUUACGAGGAAUGA